AUGCCCAACACGAGCAGCUCCCAGUCUUCUCUCUCAACCUUCAUUAGCAAUCCCUUUCUUCAGACUUACACCUUUCUCUACCUGCUUCUCCAACACCUCCUCAAUUGGGUCUUUGCCCCAAGUCCCCCACCGUCAAGCCCAAUUGUCAAUGAUUUUCCUAGGAAGAGAGUCGCAGUAAUUGGUACCGGCUUGACAGGAGUGUCUGCAGCUGCGCACUGUGUCGGCCAUGGCUUCGACGUUCAGCUGUUUGAAGGCAGACCAAAAGAUAAAGGUCUAGGCGGUAUCUGGAGUCGAGUCAAUUCGACUUCGUCGCUUCAGAUUCACAGCAUAAUGUACCGCUUCCACCCAUCAGUGCACUACGAUACUGCUUAUCCCACCCAAGAAGAGGUCCGCGAUCAGAUCAUUGAUGUAUGGAAGCGGUAUAAGCUUGAGGAUCGUACCGUUUUCGACACUCCCGUCCAGUCCGUCAAACAGACCAGGACCGGCAAAUGGAUAAUUAACAAUGACGAAGACCAAUGGGGCCGGUUUGACGGUGUCGUUGCCUCUGUUGGAGUCUGCGGUGAUCCGAAAAUGCCUACUUUGCCCGACCAGAAAGACUUUGGAGGCGCAAUCUACCAUUCGUCGGAGCUGGACGGCAAAGACGUCAAGGACAAGAAGAUACUCAUUGUUGGUGGCGGUGCAAGUGCUAUUGAGGCUCUGGAGUUUGCUGUUAAGUCUGGCGCUUCUGAGAUCGAUGUUCUAUCACGUUCCGACAAAUGGAUCAUUCCACGAAACGUUUGGGUUCAGUCUCUUUUGGCAAUGAACAUUUUCGGCCAGGAGACGUUCUUAUCCUGGAUCCCAGAAAGCCUCCUACAUAAGUUCUUCUAUCGCGAUCUCCAAGACAUUGCUCCCUCUAGUGGUCUUUUUACACAGACACCGAUGGCAAACAGUGAACUCUUCGAUCAGAUCCGCGAGGGCAAGGCUCGGUGGCUUCGCGGUGAUAUUAUGUCUGUCAAGGAAGAUGGCAUCUUGUUCAACUUCAGGACCAAGGGGGUUCCCCAAGGCGGCCCUGGACGCGAAUCCGUUGUCCCAGGCGAAGUUAUUAUCAUGGCAACCGGUUUCAAGCGCCCUUCGCUUUCUUUCCUUCCUGAAGAUGCCUUCGAGGAUCCAUAUGGCCCACCUAGCUGGUAUCUGCAAGUAUUCCCUCCGAUGUACCCCACCAUCUGCGCCAACAACAGCACCUAUGUCAACGCAAUCGGCACUGUUGGAAAUAUGCACAUUGGCAUCUAUACACGGUUUUUACUCAUGUUUCUCGUUGACCCGUUGUCGCGCCCUACUGAAGGGCGCAUGAAGACCUGGAUUGACUUCACCCGCUUUAUGAAGCGCCUCUCUCCUGUCGGUGCCUUCGACUUCUUCACCUACACUGAGCUGAUCUACUGGUUUGUGUUUGUCAUUCUUGUCAACCCCUUCCGAUGGAAGUGGGCACCUUUCGUUUUGUUUGGUAUUGGUAGAGGUCUACCAGCCCAGGUGGUGAAGCAGGAAGAAGCGUUCCGCAACACUUUGAGGAAGCAGCGCUCUACCUAA